AUGCCUGUUGAUAAAUCUGGAGAAGAUAUUUCACCUACCGUCAAUUUGAACGAUCUUAAGGUCGGUCAAAAAGUUCUUUACCAUCCCGUUGGAGGUUCUCAACAGACUACCGAAGGCAUUAUCAAGGAAAUUAUGACCGAACCCGAAGUUGCGGGUAACAGACAAGUUCAAAUUAAAGCUUCUGAAACUGAUCCAAGGAUCUUGAUCGAGAAUUCAAACACGCAUAAAGAAACAGGCAAGGAAAUAGUUUAA